GGAACAUUUGCCUGUUUUUUAAAAAUGUUUCGUGAAUUUAGAAAAGAGGAAUUGACAAUUUGUGCAUGGUUGAUGAUUGCUUUAGGAUGUUUUUCAUUAAUUGCUGCAUUUUUCUUGACGACACCUUAUGGUCGUUACAGUAGAGGAGUGUGGGGCUUUGGUGUGGAUACAAAGCUAGCGUGGAUGCUGCAGGAAUGUCCAUCUUUUUUUGUACCAUUUGUAAUGUUUAUGGUAUCUCAUGGGCCAAGCAGAUUGUUUUUGUUGAAAUCAUCUCCAAAUGAUGUGCUGGUGUUGUUGUUUUUGAUACACUACUUUAGGAGAUCAUUCGUUUACCCAUUCUGGAUUAAAAAUGCUCCAACACCUUUUCUUAUCUUCAUAUUUGCUUUUAUAUUUUGUGCAUUUAAUGGUUUUAUGCAAGGUCAAUAUCACAUAAAUGUUGCUUUCUUCUCCAAAGACUGGUUUUACACACCGCAGUUUUUGUCUGGCUGUUUUUUAUUUCUACUUGGCUUGGUCAUUAAUACUUAUUAUGAUUAUGUGGUCACCAGUCUUAGAAAACCUGGUGACAUUGGUCACAAAAUACCACAUGGUGGUUUAUUUGAGUACAUUUCCUGUCCAAAUUUCUUUGGGGAAAUUAUUGAAUGGGCAGGAUUUGCAAUAGCAUCCUCCUCGUUUGUUGCUUUUGCAUUUUUUUUCAACACUGUUGCACAAAUUGGAACAAGAGCCUGCCACCAUCAACGAUUUUAUCAAAAAAAGUUUGACGACUACCCAAAGAACCGAAAGGCAAUUAUUCCAUUUUUGUUGUGAUGUUAUGAAGGUGCUAUGAUAUUUUUGUUUUAGUUGAAUAAUAAUAAAGACAGAUUAAAUUAUUGACAAACACUCACAUUCUAAAUAAAUUAUAUAAAUGUGAGUUUAGUUAUUUUUACAUGAAGUAUUAGAAAGAAAUUUUCCUUGGCUUGGCGCUGCCAUGGCAACAUGGAAAUGUCGUAUGCUUGUUUUCCCAAAGCUUUGGAGAUCUCUUUCAUCCUGUAAUGAUGAACUUUUGAGCAAACUAUGCCGAAAUUAUGAGACUUUGUGAUGAGUGUAAGCCUAGGUCUUGUCUUUGAAAGAAAAAAAAAUUCUAACUAUGGAAA